CCCUGCCCAGAAGAGAUGGUGGGGUGCGUGCGCCGGAGGGGGGAGGAUUUGGCGACGGAGGAGGGGCUGAGGACCAUGUCUAGCGGCCGUCUGGCGGAGCAGCCAGUCCGCGGGUUGGUCGGCCAGGCGGCACUCGGCACUCCUGCAAGCUGUCACAGCUCCUCAUCUCACCACACCUCUCACCCGCAGCCUCUGCAGACGCCAGACAUGAUGUGGAAGCUGUGCCUCCGACUGCUCGCCGUGCUGGCGGUGUGCCUGUGCACGGCCACGCAGGCGCAGUCCGACCUGUUCCUCCUGUCGCCCAAGCGCAGCGGCGCGCCGCAGCCGGUGGCCCGCUACUGCGGCGAGAAGCUCUCCAACGCGCUCAAGAUCGUCUGCCGUGGCAACUACAACACCAUGUUCAAGAAGGCUUCCCAAGAUGUGUCGGACGCGGAGUCUGAAGACAACUACUGGAGCGGGCAGUCGGCCGACGAGGAGGUGGAGGCGCCGGCGCUGCCGCCGUACCCCGUGCUGGCGCGGCCGAGCGCGGGCGGCCUGCUGACGGCCGCCGUCUUCCGGCGGCGCACGCGCGGCGUCUUCGACGAGUGCUGCCGCAAGAGCUGCAGCAUCAGCGAGCUGCAGACGUACUGCGGCCGCCGGUAGUCGCCGCCACCGUCGCCGCCGCCACCGCUCCACCGCCGUGCCGUGCGCCACUUAUUUAUUGUCCCUGCACGCCGGGGCCGGGGCCAGCUCCCGGCGGCAGGGGGGCCGGCCGAAGCCGCGCUCGCCUCCCGUAAGCAACGCACGAGGGGGCGCCCGCGCUUCCGAUCAGUAUUAUUCUUCUUAUUUCGCAUUUGUUUUUACUGCAAAUUGUAUACGUUUCAUGUGAUUCGUAAGACGAAAGUUGGUACAAAAAAAAAGCGUUCAAAACUCGUGAAAAUAAACUUACAUGUGCACAAUUAAAA